CCCUGGUUAAGCUCUUGCUCACUAAUUAGCCGCGCCAGAGAAUCAAAGAGAAGGUCUCUCUCUCUCUCUCUCUCAUGGAGACGACUUCGACCUGGUUCUCCGCUGGCCGCAGGAUCAAUAAGCACCUCUAGCAAAGUCACCACCAACUCCGUCGCCAAUAUCGACACGGUUAACUCCAGCUAUUCGUCGAAGGCCUUGUCUCAUAUAGUCGGAUCUCCUUGCGAAGCUUAUUGAAGCCAUGGAGGAUGAGAAAGGAGCUCUGGUGCAGAAGUUGAUUGACACCGUCGACGAGAUAUCGGCAAUCUCAGACUACAGGUCUACGGUCAAGAAGCAGUAUUGCAACCUAGCCAGGAGGGUGAAGCUGUUGACUCCAAUGUUCGAAGAGAUUCGGGACAGCAAAGAGCCCGUCCCCGAAGAGUGCUUCAAAGGUCUAAGAUCCUUGAAGGAAGCUCUCGAAUCAGCUCGAGACUUGCUCAGAUUCGGAAGCGAAGGCAGCAAGAUUUACCUGGUCCUAGAGAGGGAUCAAAUUAUGGAUAGAUUUGGUGAAGUGACUGCUCGUCUAGAACAAGUUUUGGGUGCCAUUUCCUAUGAAAAACUGGAUAUAUCAGAUGAAGUCAAAGAACAGGUUGAGCUUGUUGUUGGUCAGUUCAGAAGAGCCAAAGGAAGAGUUGAUGCACCCAAUGUCGAGCUGUAUGAGGAUCUCUUAUCUCUUUAUGACAAGAGCAAUGACACAUUGGCUGAUCCAACAGUAAUAAGGAGAGUGGCUGGAAAAUUACAACUUAUGGGAAUAGCGGACCUCACCCAAGAAUCCAUAGCUUUGCACGAGAUGGUAUCUGCCAGUGGUGGGGAUCCAGGGGAGAGCAUAGAGAAGAUGUCAAUGCUACUGAAGAAAAUCAAGGAUUUUGUGCAGACUGAAAAUCCGAACUUAGAUUCUCCUGCACAGGAAAAGUCAAAGUGCAGUGGACAAGCGUCUGCAGAUGGGACCCAAAAAUUGCCUGUUAUACCAGAUGAUUUCCGUUGUCCAAUUUCCCUUGAGCUGAUGAGAGACCCUGUUAUUGUCUCCACGGGGCAGACUUAUGAGCGUUCCUGUAUAGAGAAAUGGCUGGAAGCAGGGCAUGGCACUUGUCCAAAGACGCAACAAACACUCACGAGCACUGCCCUAACCCCCAACUAUGUUCUGCGCAGCCUCAUCGCCCAGUGGUGUGAGGCAAAUGGAAUUGAACCACCAAAACGACCCAAUUCUCGACCCAAUAAGACUUUAUCGGCUUGCUCGCCUGCUGAACGAACCAAGAUAGAAACUCUUCUCCGUAAGCUUACAUCCAAUAGUCCCGAAGAUCAGCGGUCAGCUGCUGGUGAAAUUCGCCUUCUAGCCAAACGCAAUGCUGAUAACCGUGUCGCCAUUGCUGAAGCUGGUGCUAUUCCUCUACUUGUUGGCUUGCUCUCCACUCCUGAUUCCCGCACUCAAGAGCAUGCUGUUACUGCACUUCUCAACCUUUCAAUAUGCGAGGACAACAAAGGAAGCAUCAUAUUCUCUGGCGCAGUGCCUGGUAUUGUGCACGUGCUGAAGAAAGGGAGCAUGGAAGCACGAGAAAAUGCAGCGGCCGCGCUAUUUAGCCUCUCAGUUGUGGAUGAAAAUAAGGUCACGAUUGGUGGAUCAGGGGCAAUCCCGCCACUAGUAACCCUACUUAGUGAAGGUACACAAAGGGGCAAGAAAGAUGCUGCAACAGCAUUAUUUAACUUGUGCAUAUACCAAGGGAACAAAGGCAAGGCAGUGAGGGCAGGAAUUGUGCCCACGUUGAUGCGGCUGCUCACCGAGCCCCAAGGUGGAAUGGUGGAUGAGGCACUAGCAAUACUAGCGAUACUGUCUAGCCAUCCUGAAGGCAAGGCAGCCAUUGGAGCUGCCGAGGCAUUGCCAGUUUUGGUAGAGGUAAUUCGGAAUGGGUCAGCCAGGAACAAAGAGAAUGCCGCUGCAGUUUUGGUCCACCUCUGUUCAGGUGACCAGCAAUACAUGAUAGAAGCUCAGGAACUCGGAGUGAUGGGGCCGCUGGUUGAUCUAUCACAAAAUGGUACGGAGAGGGCCAAACGAAAGGCUGCACAGUUGCUUGAGCGAAUGAACAGAUUUGUCGAGCAGCAGAAGCUUGCCCAGGCACAAGCGGAGGCUCAGAACCAGCAGUCCCGGCCGCCCGCCUCAGCAAACGCUGUUGAUAGUUGAGAAUUUCUGUUCUCUCUCUCUCUCUUUCUCAACCAUGUUCUUCCGGUUCUUUCUUUGAAGUAUUUUAGGGGGGUUUGGCUUCAAAUUAGAAGGGGCAGGUGGAAGAUCACCACCCCCGCUUUUCUUUUUAUUUAAGUUAUUAUUAAUUGCUUUUGUUUUUUUGUGGGUUGGGGACCAUACUCCCAAGAAAUUUACCUACAGAAUUAGCAUCAAAGGAGAAAACAAAAUGAAGUGCUGAAAUGUGAUAACAUUUAAUGUUUUUGAGUGUACCUUUGUAACUACUAGUAGUACUACAACUGUAAGCAGCAUCCUCAGUUUUUUAAUUGAAGGAGAUGUUUCCCUUUAUUCCA